AUGGGCUUCACGUAUGCGAAAUUGCCUGGGGGUGUGCGGCCUCGAUUCAUUGACCCAUCAGCGCUGGAGAGAUCUACCAGGAGGUACAAGAGUGCGCAGACAUCCCUCAUACGACACUUUUGCUCGACGUGUGGAUGCCACAUCGGGGGAAUCAAUGAAAGCACGGGCAUCUGGCAGGUCUCGCCGGGAAUUUUCGCACAGCGUGAAGGCAACUUCGUUAUCAUUGAGCAUAUCUUCACCAAGUCAGCCCCGGCUGGUCUUCAUGAGUGGCUGCCUAAGAUCGGGCCUCGUAGUGUGAGGGUCUGGAAUCCCGAUGGGAACAUUGCAGAACCUCGAAUGCCCCAACCCGAAAAGGACGAGAAUGGAAAAGACUGGCUCCGUGCAGAAUGUGCUUGCGGUGGGGUAUCCUUCACAAUUCCUCGACCAACCCCGGAGGUAUUUCAAGACGAGUACACUAGGGGGCUCGUCUCGCCAGUUGAUCCCACCAAGUGGAAGGCCAUGACGGACGCGUGUAACGACUGUCGCCAAAAUACCGGCUUCCAACUGAACGCCUGGGUGUAUGUCCCCUUGAAGCUGAUUAAACCAAGAAUUGGUCUUGACCUCACCCAUGGCUUUAUGCAGACGUACUCUUCCUCGCCUGGGAAUAUCCGCUCCUUUUGCGGGGUCUGUGGUGCAACUGUGUUAUUUUGGGGGGAAGAAAGACACACGACCGACGAUAACUAUGUUGUAAACAUUUCGACAGGUAUCCUUCGAGCACCCGACGGUGUGAGAGCAGACAGCUGGCUCACAUGGCGGACAGAGGAGCUUGGAUGGUUUGAUGCAGGUUGUAAAUAUGACCGGGAGCUCUAUGUAAGCCUGAACGAAGGCCAUCGAGAUUGGGGCAGGAGGGUGUACGGCAGCCUAACCGACUUCAAACUACCGUCGCCACAUUAUUCGAGUGCUCAAUGA